GCGUAAAAUGGAUAACGAAAAAACACUUAAAAGCUCCGCAAAAUGUUAGCACGGUGAAGAAAAAGAACGAGACACCGUAAAAGAAAGAAAGAAAGAAAAAACACACAGCCGUGGUAACAAAAAGGCCUCCAAAUCAGUGAAACGUAGCUUAUUUCAUUGGCAGCUUGUUUACCGCAAAGAUAGCACGUGCUGCGUUGAUGCUGUCGGAAUACAGUUUUUGGCCAGGUGCUUAGAUUUGAAGAUCGGUCGAGCACGGUGCAAAAGGAUCAUCGUCUGCAACAGAGUGUGAUGACGCCAAACCCGGAAAACUCACGUGUACACUGCCCUUAGUUUUCUUAACGGACCGAUUCACAGGUUGCACAGCUCUUGGAUGUUUUCCGGAUCGAGUGUUUCAAACAUUGUGCGUCCUAUUUACGAAUUCACCGACAAUGCAAUUUAUAAACGGCCUGAUGAAUGUAUGGAUGUAUAUGUACCUUUUGGGUCUGUUUCAUCAAAUCAGGGGACAAUUCAAGAUUGUCAGCUUUGACAAUGCUAAUGUAACGCAUCCAUCCAAUGGAACUGGAAACGUCAACUUUGUCCAGAUCAAACCAAUAGUAGCUCGAAGCAGCAAUGAAUCCGCCGGUUUGUCUUCAAAAUCAAUGAAUGAAUCGUCAAGGAUGCUUCAUCAGGACAGUGUGCCAACGAACACUAUCGAAAAUAGAUUUAUAAAACUCUCCAUCGUCAAUUUGACUGCUGCUGGUGAUAAAACUCGCGAGCGUAAAAUUCAACAAACGGUUUCGAAUCAGCGCAAUAUAAACGAUGUCUCCUUCGAGAGCCGGAACAAAACUCAAAAACCUGUGACAAGUACAAAAUUUGUCACUGUUGUCGGUUACGCAAAAAAGAGUAAAAUACGCUCCACCACGCGAGCGGAACUAGACCAGAAAGCAAAGAAAUCAUCUACGUCCCUAGUUGCUACAGAAGCUUCUUCCAGUAGGAUACGGCGGAACAAAUAUAGGAAUUACAAAUCACGCUGCCGUUGUGAUCGUAUAUGGAACUGUGUUAGAAUACAAAUAUCUGUUGCACGUUGCGCACCUGAUUUUUUCAUGUGCUGUUUUUAAACGUGUUGUGACAAUAAUAAUAACAAUAAUAAAGAAACUAUGUUUGAAACAAUAA